CAAGUAUUUGGUAUUGAAUGUUCAGCAUAAAUCCAAAAAUACCAUCAUGUCGUAUCAAGCUUGAAUAAUCUGUGUCUAAAAAAUUGGACAAUUUUUAAUUCUAUUAAAAAUUUGGAAUUUUAAGCACAGAAUCCAUCAAACACAAGCUCUAGGCUCAAUCUAACCGAAACAUCAUAUCUAUAUAUUGAGCAAGCUUUAGGAACGAAAAAUUUCAACUAGAUUGGAAUUGUUGAUUUAGAUUCGGUAUAUUGAAACAAUCAGAUUAUAUUAAUUUGGUUCAGUGUGACUCUUUAGAUGAUCUUAAGAUUCAUUUACAAAGCACUGAUUAUGACAGCUUUUUGGCCAAUGAACCAUCACCUUUGGCUGUUUCAGUGAUUGAAGAUAAACUGAGGGAAAAAAUGGUCACUGAAUUUCACCAUAUUCGCAAUCAAGCUGUUGAACCUUUGGCUACAUUCCUUGAUUAUAUCACUUAUUCCUACAUGAUUGAUAAUAUAAUUCUUCUGAUAACUGGAACACUCCAUCAACGACCAAUACCUGAAUUAAUUGAUAAAUGUCAUCCUCUUGGACGCUUCGAUCAAAUGGAGGCAAUUAAUGUGGCAACUACUCCUGCUGAUUUGUACAAUGCUAUUCUUGUUGAUACACCAUUGGCUCCAUUUUUUGUUGAUUGUCUCUCUGAACAAGAUAUGGAUGAAAUGAAUAUUGAAAUUAUCCGAAAUACACUAUACAAAGCAUAUCUUGAAAGCUUUUACAAAUUUUGUCAAGAUGAGAUUGGAGGUACAACUGGGGAAGUUAUGUGUGAAAUUUUAGCAUUUGAAGCAGAUAGACGAGCUUUUAUCAUAACUAUAAAUUCAUUUGGAACUGAAUUAAGCAGAGAAGAUCGAACUAAAUUGUAUCCUCGAUGUGGUAAACUAAAUCCUGAUGGUUUAGCAGCUUUGGGUAGAUGCGAUGAUUAUGAUCAGGUCCAUGCGGUUGCUGACUUUUAUUCAGAUUAUCAUUCAAUAUUUGAAUCAGGGGGAGGACAAGGAGAUGUCGAUGAGAAAACAUUGGAAGAUAAAUUCUUUGAAUAUGAAGUUAAACUAAAUGUUAAUGCAUUUAUGCUUCAAUUUCAUUUUGGUGUCUUCUAUUCUUAUCUUAAAUUGAAAGAACAAGAAUGCCGGAAUAUUAUUUGGAUUGCUGAAUGUAUCGCCCAACGCAUACAUACAAUUAAACGCGAACAUUACAUUCCAAUAUUUUAAACAAGUAAAAAUGUAUUUAAGUAAAGAUCAUCUUGUGUUUGGAUCGUUUGCUGU